UCCGCGGGUUCUCUCGUGCGCUGUCUGUCGGUGACUUUUGUUGACAGAAGGUAAACAUUCGCCGUUAAACGCAACGGAUUUCGGUGUUCUUUGGCACAUUCACGCUAGGACUACUGGAUUACCAGGAGGGCAUGGAAAGCGUAUUCUUUUAACAAAAGCGGGAUACACGACAGUUGCACAAGGUUUAUUGGCCAUAGACCUGAACAUCACAGGAGGAUAGAGAGCUGACAUUCAUCCCUGGUCUGUGGCGUAUGCAGCAGCAUUGGCAAAAGCUAAGGUGAUUGUGGUGCAUUGUGGGUAUCCUUGGGACCUUAACGGACAGGAUCCGGUGUUCUGUCGAAAUGGGCUGCUACGUCGAAAUCAGCUACCAGUAGCCUGCUAACUCAAAGAAUUGCCAAGUAGCAACCUGAGGGGGUUCACCCCCCCUACAAUUCACUUCCUGCCAGAUGAUUCCCUCUACUCAUCGCCUCCUGGACUUUGACACCUAUAGAGGACGAGAGGGUUUCUGAUUGGACGACUCAGCCAUCCGUCUCCCUGGGAUACAAUCGGCAGAGGACUGGAACUUAUCGGCAGCUCCUUCACCAUGUCGUGCUGAAAGCUUUCAUCGUUGAUCCUCCUCCUCCUCCUCCUCCUCCUCCUCAUCCUCAUCCUCCUCCACCUCCUCCGCCUCCCCUCAUCGGCCUCUAGAGAUGUGCAGCUCCUCAGGGCCCAGGUGGCCAUACUCCUCCACCUCCACCGACACCACCACCUCCAUCUCCCAGAUGGUCCAUCCACCCUGCUGCACCUCCUCCUCCUCCUCCCUCCUCCCCCACCUCCUGCUGCUCCUGGUGGGUGUUCUCCUGGUGGCUCCUCCCGGGCUGGACGCGGCGUCGCAGCCCUCGCCGUUCCCCAAGGACUUGGUGCCCCUCCACAUGGUGGGACCUGACCAGUCCCGCCUCUACCCCGGCUUCCAGGGCCUGACCUCGGAUAACGACACGGCACGGCUGGGCCUGGACUUCCAGCGAAUGCUACGCAUCAACCACAUGCUCUACAUCGCUGCCAGAGACCAUGUGUUUGCAGUGAACCUCAGCUCCACAGCUGAGCAGAUUGUCCCUCAGCAGAGUCUGACGUGGAGGUCGAAGGAUGUGAAGAUGUGCACUGUGCGCGGCAGGAACAGCGAUGAAUGCUAUAAUUACAUCAAAGUCCUGGUCCCCCGGAACGACGAGACUUUGUUUGCAUGCGGCACCAACGCCUUCAACCCUGUGUGCCGCAAUUACAAGAUGGACUCUUUGGAACAGGUCGGGGAAGAGUUGGUGGGCCAGGCGCGAUGCCCGUUUGAGUCCCACCAGUCCAACGUGGGCAUUUUUGCAGGGGGAAACUUCUACUCGGCCACCAUGACGGACUUCUUGGCCAGCGACGCGGUCAUCUACCGCAGCCUAGGGGGGGAGGGCAGCCCCGUCCUCCGCACGGUCAAGUACGACUCCAAGUGGCUCCGAGAACCUCGUUUCCUACAUGCCAUCGAGUACGGCAACUAUGUCUACUUCUUCCUCAGUGAGAUUGCAGUGGAGUACACCUCCCUUGGCAAGGUGGUGUUCUCGCGGGUGGCGCGGGUGUGUAAGAACGACGGGGGCGGCUCUCCGCGCGUGCUGGACCGCUACUGGACCUCCUUCCUGAAGGCGCGGCUCAACUGCUCGUUGCCCGGCGACUCCUUCUUCUACUUCGACGUCAUGCAGUCGCUUAGCAACGUGCUGCAGAUCAACCAGCGGCCCGCCGUCAUGGGGGUCUUCACUACGCAGAUGAACAGUAUACCCGGUUCUGCUGUGUGCGCGUUCUACAUGGACGACAUUGAGAGGACCUUCAACGGCAAGUUCAAGGAGCAGAAGACCAGCGAGUCGGCCUGGACACCCGUGGCGGAGGAGCAGGUGCCCAAGCCCAGGCCGGGCUCGUGUGCGGGCGACGGUCCAGCGAGCGACUACGCGUCGUCCAGCAGCUUCCCGGACGACAUGCUGACCUUCAUCAAGUCCUACCCCCUCAUGGACGAGGCCGUCCCCUCUGUAGGGGCACGCCCCCUCUUCCUACGCUCCGCCAGCAGGUACAAGUUGACCCAGAUGGCCGUGGACACAUCUGCCGGGCCUUAUAAGAACCAUACCGUGCUCUUCCUGGGAUCCGAGGACGGCCACGUUCUCAAGGUUCUAGCCAGCACCAACCCCAACGUCACCUCCGGUUCCAUCCUCCUGGAGGACAUAGACGUCUACAACCCUUCCAAGUGUGACGUCCAGGGGGAGGACCGGAGGGUGCUGGGCCUGGAGCUGGACAAGGAGCACCAUGCCCUCUUCGUGGCCUUCUCCGCCUGUGUCAUCCGAGUCCCCCUCAGCAGCUGCAGCACCUAUGGCACCUGUAAGAGGAGCUGUCUGGCCUCUCAGGACCCCUACUGCGUGUGGCUGAAGACGGGAGGCUGUGCCAGCGUGUCGCCGGGCUUUAAGGCUGGGUUUGAGCAGGACAUAGAGGGCGACCACUCCAAGUAUCCGGACACCUGUCACAAUGUGCUGGCUACCACUCGGAAUCAGAACUCGGCAGCCGACUCUGCUUACGGUGUGAAGCGCUCCCCGGAGAUGGACAAGGCGCAGCAGCCGAGCCACAGUGUGCACUACACGCUGUUGAUCGCCUGUGUGCUGGUGGCCUUCGUGCUGGGCGCCUUCCUGUCGGCCUUCGUGGUGUCCUGCUACUGCAGCCACAGCGCCCACCGGCGCCUCCACGGGCCGCAGCUGGACAAGGAGCCCGAGACGCCGCUGCCCCACGCCCUCUCUCUGCGCAGCCUGGCCAAGCUCAACGGCCUGCUGGACCCGCACUCGCCCAAGGGGGAGGGAGGAGGCGGCGGUGGAGGUGGCGGUGGUGGUGGACUGGGCGGAAAGUUGGACGUCUCCUCCCCCAAGGUCUACAACUCGUACAUCCCGAAUGGCAAGGAGCACUGCAUGCCACAGGUGGGGGGCCACCACGGCACGGAGUUGCGGGAGCACGACCUGAGCCGGGGGGACCUGCUGCAGGAGCAGGUGGAGGAGGGGAGCGACCUGUCGGGGGGCCUGCCCACGCCCGACUCCACGCCGGAGCUGCCCAUCAAGGGCGGCAUGAAGGCCUUCCGCAACCAGUGGGAGCGCAACCAGAACUGCAACAACGCCAAGGAGCCCUCCUCCACCGCCACCACCAACCUGGUGUCGGUGGGCGGCAGCAGCAGCAGUGGUAGCCUCGCUGGCGGCGGCUCGUCCGGCAGGUCGUGCUCGGGCCUCACCCUGCACGUCUACCCCUUCUCCCACGGGGGCUCGGGGCCGUCGCUCCAUCUGCCCGAGGAGAGGAAGAUCUCCAACGACGAGCGGGCGGCCAUGGCGGCGGCCUCGGCCUCCGCGUCGGCCUCGGCCGCGCCGACGCCGACCCAGCCCCAGUACUCGCUGGGCCCGCAGACGGUGGUGGACGUGUCGGCCCUGGACGAGCUGCUGAAGCACAUCCACGAGGCCAACGCCAGCGGGGCGGGCGGAGGGGGCAUCGCCGUGCUCACCUCCGCCCUGCUGCCCGGCGCCUCCAGCCCGGGCUUCGCGCUGCAUCCGCAGAUCCCCGAGUCGGAGGUGCUGUCGUCCGCGUCGUCCUCGGCCACGUACUACAGCUCGUCCACGCUGCCCCGCGGCGACCCCGUGACGACGGCCACGACGCGCGGCCACGGACACGGGCACGGACGCCUGGACAUGCCGCCGGAGGCGCUGACGGGCUCGCACACCCACGCCCAGCUGCAGCAGCAGCUCCGCCAGCAGCAGCAGGAGCUGCAGCAGCUGCAGCCCGUGCCCGAGAGGUCCGUGUCCAGGCAGCCCUCGCAGCGGCAGUCCCUGAUCCGCAUGGGAAGCUCCGCCGGUGCCGGCGGCGGUGUCGGUGGUGGCGGCGCCAUCCCCAGGCAGCGGAGCCAGUGGCCGGCCGCGCAUCAGAGGCUGGUCCGGGUGAGCUCCAGCUCGGGUUCGGGAGCGUCCGGGUACGACAUUGGCGAGAGCAACCGACCGCUUAUACCAGGCGGCGGCGGUGGUGGCGGUGGCGGAGGAGGAGGUGGUGGCGGUGGGAGUACCUGUCUGACGCGUCAGCACAGCUACAGCGAGCCGCCACACAUGCACCGGGCUGCCAUCGUGCGUCGCACGGCCUCGCUCAAGCCCCAGCUGCCCCCCAAGCCCCUCAUGUUGCCGGCCUCCUCGCCCCUCAGACAGCAGGGCAACUUUAACUACUGAUCACACCCCUACACACCCCCUACACACACACACACACACACAACGACCAACGCAAAGAUCCUGCUGCCCCAUUCUCUUUCCGGGAAUGGGCUUGAUUGGGCUCCUCGGAGAACGCCUAGGUUCCCACAUGAUGCAACUGAAGGUUCUAACAGAGGAACCUUCUUCCUCUCCUCCUCCUCCUCAUCCUCCUUCUCCUCCUCCACCCCCCCCCCCCUUUCUCCUACGCUGUCCCUCCUAAACCUCCGUUGAGGGUGGGCGGCUAGCACAGACGUGAACGCUUGACUCUUAACGUGCUCCAAUGCAGCCCUUGCAGUCACUGUCUCAUAUGGCCCUUGCCGGCGCCAUUGUUAGCUAUUGCAAGCUGACUUAAGGGAGGGAGGCUCUCGCCACGUGAAACGCCUCUCUCUCUCUCUUUCUCUCUCUCUCUCUCUCUCUCUCUCUCUCUCUCUCUGCUUGUGGCGAAAAGGUCACGGUCAAUAUGGGCACUCUGGCUUUUAAGAAGCAGGAGGAAGACAAAAGACUUCUACGUCUAGACUCUUAGACCACUGUCAGUGCUUGACCUGCGUACGAAAAGAAUGUUUUUCUCUCUUGUACCAUAUUGGUAUUGGUUAUCGUUGUCGCCGUCCACUUUUUUCGACAGAGAGCCAUGAGUCUGACCUGGGCACUGCAGUAAAAAGGUCAAAUACUACACGUGCGUGCGUACUUACCUAUACUAUAUCCGAUGAUUCAAAUGCCCAGCGCCCUGGCUUUUGUGCUCACCCCGUUCCCUCACCCACCCACCCACUCGUGAAGCCAAGGAACAUAGGAAUGUAAAACUCCACAGCCAUCGGUGUUGCUAACGUCAGGGGAUUCGGGUCCAGUUGCUGUGAUGUGAAGCAAUGGAGAACUUGUCCGAAAUCCUUGCACGGGCACAUUGGCAUCUGCUACAGUACUCGUUCCAGGAGACGGCGUAAUAUACUGUAUGAGGAGGAUGUAAGGGGGGAAAGGAACGCAAUGCAAGCAGUCCAAACACAUUUACACGGCAAAACCAGCUGUGUACGUACGCGCUCUCUAUCCGGAGAAGACAAUACCGGUUCUUUGUCCUUUCCUUUAACACAGAAAACUACAACCCCGACCCAGCAAUGCCCAACCAUUCAGCCAUCGGACACCUUUAAUGGUGCAUUGAUACAGCAAUAACUAGACAGCUGGUGACCAAUACCCCCCUUUCAGGCUAGAACUCUUCAAAUUAACCAUUGUGACCUAACCAGAGGCGCUGUGUUUUGGGGAGCAGCUGGCCAGCCGGAAGUCCUUAUCACGGUGUGUCCUUAACGGCAGGCACGUCUUUUGGUCAUCUGCCACAACUUGCUCCUCCUGACAAGGGCAAGAACAAGGGACAGGAUUAAUUUUUGUCUGCGGUCUGCGCGGACACCUCGGGACUGAAUGCUCACUAAUAUAUGGGGCAUGGAAAUAAUCCACCCAGCUAUUGUGUUCCUAUGACUAUUAUGUAUGCACACCUUUUGGCUUGUGACGCUCAGCUGCGUGUAGAGGUACCACAGUACCCCCUAGUGGACAAAGUUGGCGGCACAGGCCUCAGAAAGCAGACCACUAUUUUUUUCUUUCUUGCCUGUGUCACACACGCAUACACACACACUCCUAGUCAUGACUGUACCAUUGCUAUAUAUUUUGUGAAGAUAAAUAGUGUACAUAAAAGAUUCUGUGUAAUAACUACUAGCCAAACAUUUCUGUAUGUGUAAAUGUGUGCCUUAUUUAAUAUUAUUAUGAUGUGAUAUGGAAAAGGGCAAGUAUGUGUUUGCAUAAUGAGCACUGCUGAAGUACGUUUUCUUAGUCCAAGCCCCCGAACCCUCCCCAGACUGUACAAACACCCUGAACGUAGCAAAAGCAGCGGAAGCAUUUGAUUUUUGUACAGAAAGAGAGAGUAUGAUGAGCAACAGAACCUCAUUGGGGCGGUACAGUCCGGCGGACAUCGUUAAACUAUUUUAACACUUCUGUCAGGUCCAUUAAAGUAAAAAAAAAAAAACAUACAACAAGAAAUUCUGCAUUACCCAUCUUAAAUAAUAAGUUAUGAAUUAAGAUUGCCGACAUGGCUCUGUUCAGAGGAGUCCCUUGAUUUGCCAUGAGCACCACGCAAAUGCAGAGAGUCAGGGGACAGCAGCAGCAUUAGGAAAAUGCUCACCCACUGAUUAGUAAAGCUAACUGUGCCCCCAGACCCAGAAGACAUGGGAAACUGUCCUUCGCUUACAGAAGUCAACAGAAGUUGCAGAAGUCAAUUCUUUUUGAGUCUUGCACAUUCUGCUACAGUGAAAAUGGACCAUCCAACUUGUGUUAGUGCUAACUGUGCCCCCAUGAAUUGAGCAGGCAGUAUAACAAGGGUAUGCCAUGUUACACACCACGAGAUGGAGUUGGGGAGAUGACGUAGGUUGUGAAGAAGCAGCCGCAUGAGCUGCAGUGCAAACAAACUGGAGAACUUUUUCGAAGGGGCACCUUGUUUAAAUUGCCAUGGCCAAUGACGCCGCUGACGCUUGUUUUGUUUUUUUUGCAGAGUUCAGUGUGUUUGUACUGUUUUCCCCAUUUCCCUUUCCCUUAAAUCCCCAUGCAGUGUGUUACGGCUGUUGUGUUAGCACUUUAUAUGACACCCUCUAGAAUAUUACACCUGCAGAUGACAAAAAAAAAGAAACGUAAAACUGACCAAUUAUGCAGGUGUGAGGUGUGAAGAAUUCAGGGCAGUCUUGAGUAUGCGUUCCGGAAUGCAUGAGUUCAAAGUUAUUGAGGUGUUCAGAUGAAGUGAAGCCACUGUUCAUUUUUUGGUAACACUUUACUUGACGC